UUAGCGCGCGACGCGCGUGUUCUCCGGUCUUCCAAGCUUCGGGUUCGGGCCUCGGGCUUCUGACCUCUCUGUCCCACGGCAAGUUGCGGGACUACUUCCUCCCCCCUACCCGCGCCGACACCGUAUUACAACUUUAGUUUUAUCGGAGUCGCUGCGUACCAAGCACGCUACUCGUUUACGAUCCCCUUUUGUUCUGCUACACUUAUAUCGAUUGUGAAAACGAAAGUUUUGCAAAUAUUGACGAUAUAGUGAAUGGGCCGAGGUCAACUAGUGGUAAACCGAAGAACUUGAACCUAAAAGCAGUGUGUUUUUGUCAAUCUCGAGCGCUCUACUGAGGAAGUUCUUCCGUGAUUUAUGAAAAAGCUUGGAAUAACGGAGCUUUUAUUAUCCGCUGUGCGGUGACUCAUCGAGUGCAAUGUGAUUUGUGAACGAGAAAUGAUGGACGUAGUGAGUGAGUCUAGCAAGUGGCGUGGAGGGUUCCUAUCCACGAUAAACAGAAGCUUUCGCCUCAAAAAGUUGAAUUCUCCGGUCGAAAACAAGACAAUUGAAAUGCCUACGGGUCUCAAUUCAUCCACUGAAGCUUCAAGCAUGCGUCCCUUGGAGAUUGUAGCUCCAAGAAUAGACACAUAUCGGUUCUCCAUGGCCAACCUUGAAGAGACCCAGGAUGCUGAUCUGGAUGCCAUCCUUGGGGAGCUAUGUGCGUUAGACUCGGAGUACGAUGAGGAACUGUCCAGGGUAUCUGCAGAUUUCUCAACGACUUCGAAAGACCGAGUGGACGGAGAAGUUCCCCAGCGUCAGGACAUCAAAGAGACAGAUGGUGCCUCGCACAUAACAAGGACGGACUCGCCUGACAAUGACUCUGCCUUUAGUGAUACGGUUUCAAUGCUCUCGAGUGAAUCCUCGGCUUCUAGCAGUGCCAGUUCGAAAUGCAAGCCUAUGAAACUUACCCUUCAUCCCAAUCAAAAGGGUACCCUUUAUCAACAGAAGGCUGAUAAAAUAAAAAUGGCCUUGGAGCGAAUGAGAGAGGCGAACGUAAAGAAACUUUUCAUAAAGGCCUUUUCAAAUGACGGAUCGUCGAAGAGCCUUUUGGUUGACGAGAAAAUGACGUGUGGAUACGUCACCAGGUUGCUCGCCGACAAAAACCACGUGACCAUGGAGCCUAAGUACGCGAUCGUUGAGCAGCUUCCAGAUUUACACAUGGAACGUGUGUACGAAGACCACGAAAUGUUGGUGGACAACCUAAUGCUAUGGACAAGAGAGUCGAAGAACAAAAUACUAUUCGCAGAGCGACCAGAGAAAAAUUUACUUUUUCAAACACCAGAAAAGUUCCUACUUAGCGAAGAUGACCGAGGUUGGUCCAGCGACCACGACGAUAACUUACGACAAGUCAUCAUCGACGAAUUCUUUGGCCAAAGCAGCACAACUCCAUCAAUUUCGGGACACACUGUACCACCCAUGGAAGGCUUUCUCUAUCUGAAAAGUGACGCUAAAAAGGGAUGGAAGAAGUACUACUUCGUACUAAGACCUUCUGGCCUAUACUAUGUGCCGAAAGACAAGGUGAAAACGUUGAAGGAGCUGGUGUGUUUGGCGACAUUUGACAACAACGAAGUGUACGUUGGUGUAAAUUGGAAGAAGAAGUAUAAAUCGCCAACUGAUUAUUGCUUCGCGAUCAAGCAUCCGAGACUGCAGCAACCGAAGAGUGUGAAAUUCAUUAAGUUCCUCUGUGCUGAUGACCAGCAGACAUUGGAUAGGUGGAUUACAGCGAUGAGAAUAGCUAAACAUGGAAGACAGCUGCUGGAAAACUAUAGGUCGCUUGUAGAAGAGCUCACUCAAGAAGACUUAGAUCAAUUGGCCCAUGCACGUUCUUGCUCUAUCUCCUCAAUACCAACUAAAACCAACAACCCGCCAAUAGUAACCAAUCCAGUGCAGCCAACAUCCAGCAAUGCGAGUGUUGCCAAUUCCGAUAUUAGUAGUGGAAGACAUUCCCGCGCCUCGUCAUCAAGUUCGAGCGGUUGUCUAUCAGAUGGAGGCACUGCGUCUGAGAGUGCUUUCGAUUGCGAGUUUCCUAUGGGUACAAUCAAACGCAAGCCAUCGAUGAAGCCUAACAUUCCGUUGACCUGGAUGACACGGCAACUUAAAGAAAUGGCUGAAAAAGACGAAAGUGAGGGAGGUGACACCAGUACCCUGACGCGAAGACCUCGCCAGAGGGAUGAUACCCUCAAACGGCACGCAGGUGAGAGUUGGUGCAAACCUGAAAACGAACCAGGAGAUUGUAGCACUCUCACCAGAAGGCCUAGACAUUCUUUAGAUACCUCCGAAAGUGCAGUCUACAGUAGCAGUAGUAUGACGUCAUCGAGCCCCGUCCAUGAAUCCUACAGCCAUUAUGAAACCAUUCCUCGUGACACCUACCGCGCUAGUGUCGACACCGCUUCAUCGCUUUACGGAUACACCAUUUAUGAUAAAAGUCAAGUGGAAGAGUUCCCUCCGCCUCCACCAGAAGACACAACAGGAAUGUUCAGCUCCACACUCAGUCUGGAUUCGUUACCACCGCCACCACCACCCCCGCCAGCAGAAUCAGUCGAAGACAUUUCCGGCUCCCAACUAAGCCUGCCCCCGCCUCCACCAGAAAUAGAAAACACCGGUAGAGUACAAGACAUCGUCACGCAACUCACUGCACAACAGAUAGAACAAACAGCACCUAAGCGAUGCAGCAAAACCUUCCCAAGGCAGCCGUCAUUGGACAGCGUCAAUUCCGAGACUUCCAAGUCAUCCCUACAUUCCGACAAGAGUCUAAGACAAAACGCAUACGGCGCUUGCUUAGUCGAACUGCAGACCAAAAAGCUAAGUAACGGCAGCUCAUCGUCACAGAAGAAGUUAGAACCAGGAAAAGAGCGAUCGAGCUCCAUGAAAAAAGUCAACUUUGCUGAUGAUCUUCCAAGCGACAAGAAGAAUAAAAAGAUAACAUUCAAUUUAACAGAGGCUCCGCCGUCCCCCAGAAAACCUUUACCCCCUCGUCGAAACGAGAGCACGAGAUUAUCGUCACCAAAGAAAUUAGCAGAUUCGAACAGUAACCCACCCACAGAUUUUCUUAAAGAUUUACAAAGAGUGAUGAGAAAGAAAUGGCAAGUUGCUCAGAAGUGCAAAUUGGAGCCGACGACGACUCCACACGAAGUACUUGGGUUCAGAGAGUAUCCGCUAUCAGACGAUUAUAAGGAGACGAGUGUAUCCAUGUGGGUUCAAGAACACUACGGGGCUGGAUCUGUGGAAGAUCCGUUUUACGAAAACGUGUAUGGAAGGGAAACGAUGCCCGCGAGACGCGAGGAGCCAAAGCCGAUAAAGAAGAGACCGCCUCCAGCCCCUCCUAAACGAAGUGACUCUACGCAUUUAACCACACAACCAGGUGUUCACCUUCCACACACUCUACCCACUUCCAACGCUCCCCCGCAUCACGUUCAACCGACCGCUUGAUUUUUUAACUUUUCGCUCGCUUGUUGCUGGACGAAACGGGACCGCGAAAUAACUGACUUUUAGCGAGCGAAAGUGUAGUGUUAGUGUAGUGACCUGCUCUCUAGUGUUCUCGGGAGGCUUUGAACUAUAACAGUCUGCGAGCAACAUUGAUUAGCCAACGCAUAAUCAUUCAAUUUGAGAGUGGUUUAAGGAUGGACGUACGGCCGGCGGCAAAAAUGUUUGUGUAAAUAGUGAACUGAUGAAUUUUAUAGUGUUUUUUAAGGAUUUUUUAAUGAUUUUUUUACGAGAUGCAUGAACUUGGCUUCCAUUUCCGCCCUCAAUAUACUUUUUGUACACUUUCUAGGAAAUUUAAGGCCCAUAGGAACCAAAUGUUUAGGAAACCUUAUUGAUAUUAAAAUUUUUGUAGCCGACUGUACAAAGGGACACGACCAAUGGUUAAUUAGGUAAUGGAUAAAAUUGAAUGACGGUGCUAUUGUGAAAAGUAUACUAAUGUAGGUGAAUGUACUUGUGACCGCAUGGUUUUACCAAAUAUAAUUAAUAUACCGCUUGCUUCUAGGCUAGGUUACAAGUAUCUUCUAUUUAUUGGAAUUCAUUUAUGUUCCUAGUAGUUGCUCUGUCCGAGUAAUUCAUUUUUCAAUUGCUACAUAUCUUGUACUGAUCUUUGAAUGUACUAUACGACCUACACUACCUAUUUACUGUCACUAUUGACAGAUUUUGUUAAUG